CUAAUUUUAGGGGAAGAAUCAAAGAGAGAAAAGAGAGGGAGUCAAAGUAAUGACACAUUUGGAAACUAUAGGCUCUUAUUAGAAGAAGUUACAAACCCUCAUUAUUGUUUUUUUCAAGAAAAAAAUUAGUUAAUUAAACAAAUAAACGAUUUUAAUAAGCUAAAAAUAACACAUGGGUUGUGUUGUAUAAAACAUAACUCUGUGGCUCUUGUGAUUUAGUUGUCCUCUUCUCUAAAACAUUUUCAACAAAGAAAACGAUAAUAAGAGAGAAGAGGUAGUAAAAAAGAUCAGAAUCUUUACCAUUUUAAAAACAAAUGGCGACCAAAGCCAUCUUCUUCUUUGUCUCGGCCGUGUGCCUGUCCUCUCUCGCCGGCGUUGCCAACGCUGACGCCGAUGACUUUGACAGUUUCCAAAUCCAGGGUUCGGUUUACUGUGACACUUGCCGUGUCCAAUUCGUUACCCGCCUCAGCCAAUUCCUAGAAGGUGCGAAAGUGAAGCUAGAGUGCAGGAGUAGAACAAACGGAACUGUAACGUUGACUAAAGAAGCCGUGACGGACAAAUCAGGAAGCUACAAAAUGGAAGUCACCGGUGACCACGAGGAGGAAGUCUGCGAGCUCGUGCUCCUCCACUCACCGGACAGUGGUUGCAGUGACGUUAGCACAGAGGCUUACCUACGUAACGCCGCUAAGGUUAGUCUGACCGCGAACGACGGUAUCGUCUCACACGAGACACGUAUCGUUAACCCCCUUGGUUUCAUGGUUAAAACGCCGUUAGCUGAUUGUCCCGCCGCAUUUAAGGAGCUUGGAAUCGUCCCUGACGUCAUCUUCUGAAUAUGAUGACGACUUGUACCACUUCAAGAUCGUUAUUUAACUGUCAUCUAUUUUUGCUUUCUUGUAUACAAAAAACGUAAUUUGAUCAAAAUACAAAAAUGCGGCAAUUCUAUAUUUAUUAUAUUUUUUCAAGCAGCAAAUUAAAUUAUCAUCAUAUACAUAGUGUUAGUCUCUCUCAUGAGGCUCUUGAUCUGCGACUAAUGCAAAUGAUAAUGUUUUGCUAUAAGUACCCAACGGGUUCAUUUUGCGUUUACUUCAGAACAACGUUUGAGUUUGCUUCGUUACUCGGACAGCUUUUUGGUUAAUUAGGUGGCCAAUCACGGACGGGUACCAUAGCCAGUAGUUAGUAUGGACUCAUAUUUGCUAGGUGAAGCAGAGUUUCCAUGAAACCCAGCCAUGAGUUAUUUGUGACUUAAGCCAAAGACUUCGAAUUAUGUUGCAGUGCUCUGAAAGUGAGAGAGAUCCAUUAGAAUGACUUAGCAUGCUGCUUCGUUGUUGAGAGGUGGGGUUGAAACAACUAAUGGAAGUUAGCUAUUUGCAUUAAUAUCUUUGAACUGAUUUGCUCGAUGAUUCCUCUUGUACCAAGAACACUAGCUUGGUUGAUCUCGUUCGAUAUAUGUUCGCGUACAGAUUUUGGUUCAGCGUACGUUAUGAAUAAACGUGAAUCAACUUUAGAGAAAGCAAAAAAGGAUCAAAAUGAAUUGAGGCAAAUGCCUGUUUAAGGUUUCUUAUUAUUAUGUUAAUAAUUAAUUUUACAAACUUUUAGACCCUUCCUAAACUGAAAAAGCAUUCAACCCAACGAAUAUUGGACUUUUAGUAGUGCACAGAGAUUUAAGACACAUCCAAAUGCAACACAACAAAAAUUAGAGGUUUAGAUGACGCAAGUACAAGGUUCAGCGUACAGUAAAAAACUCUAUAAAUUAAUAAUGUUGUGCACGAGAAUUUAUUAAAUUAUAGAGUUAUUAAAUAAAAAAAUUAUUUUUGAGAUUUUUAUUUUUUUUAAAUAUUUCUAACAUAGAAAAUGAAAAUAAUAUUUAUUUUAUGAUAUUAUAUAUUAGUUAGAUUUUAUAGAUAGAAUUUUAACUAUUUUUAUUAGAGUAUUGAUAUAGUUUAUGUAUGAUGAAUACAUAUAUUUAUAUGUAAUUCAAUAAAACUAAAAGUAAAAUUAGAGAUGCAAUUCAUUUUGAAGAAAAUAGACAACAAAAGAAACUUCAUAUGUUUACAUAAAAUUUAUAUGUAUGGUAAUUAUUAAUUAAUUAUUUUAAUGUGACCAUGUUUUUAUAUACAAGUUUUCUAAAUAUUAUUAUCUUAUUCUUUUAUCGAAUAGUGUUGGUCCAGCUUGGAACCAUAAAAAUUUAUUAAUUAAUCUCCAUUGAUUUUAGAAAACUUAGGUUCAACAACAACAAAAAUAAUCUCUUAGAAGUCGUUUUAUUUUUAUUUUGUGUAGAGAAACAACAUAACAAAGAGAUGGAUUUUUUCCUCGAUGAUGAACAACAAAAACAUAUAUAAUUGUAAUUUGAGAUUUUGAAAUGUUGUAAUAUCAUAACAUGGAACGGUUAGAAUAUUUUUUUUUUAAAUGUCUUGGCUCUACAAAUUUGUUUUCUUUCUAAUUUUUUAUAUUAGUAUUUAUGUAUUUUCUCAAAUUAUUUUUGUUUAACCUGGAGCAAUUUGACCUAGUUUCUUUACGAUUAUUAGUUUACAUAUUGUAGUAAUUUGCAUUUUUACAUUAUCAAACCCAACUUUAACUUUUUUGUUCCUAAAGACAAAUCUUUGUUAUUAUAUACACAUAAUAACAAAAAAACUAGUCCUUUGCAGUGGAAUCAUAUAUAUUUAUUUCAAUAGUCUUUCUAAUUAACCUAAACAAAAUUAAAAUAUUCAGUAUCAACGACUCGCGGAAUCAUUUUGGAAUUACUUUUAAAUUAAAUAUUUAAUCUAAAGACAUUUCUCCUUUGUCAAAAAAAAAAUCUAAAGACAUUUCUUUGUUAUUUUCUUGACAAGCUGUUUCCGCAGACAUGUGUAUGGAUUUAAAAUAUUAACUUUGACUGGGCUUCUCGAUCGAUUGUGUUCUUUUUUUUGGUUAACAUAAGGUAAGCAUUUGGCACUAUACUAACGCAAACGGUCUUCACUUGUUUUCAUGCUUUUAGCAUCUAACAAAACUAGAAACCAGUAUUGCUAGAAACACAAAAAUUACAGUUGCCAAAUAAUAUCAUAAAUAUGAUCCCAGGUGAAAAAACAUAUGGACCAAGUCCCACGUGAAUUAUUUUAAAUUUUUAAAUUUUUGUCUUUUUGUAUCCAGUGGAUGUUUGUUGCUGUUAACAAAAGUAUAUCGAAAGAUAUAUUGCCCCACACAAGAUCUUCUCUUACAAAAUCUUGUCCAACAAUGCUUUUUAGGGUUUCUCCGUCGGCUUCCUCUUCUUCUGUCACCGGAAUCUAAUCUUUCACCGGCUGCCAGGUUCUUAUUCCCGACAAAUGGUACUAAAUGUGUGUAUCAAAUUAAUAAUAUGCUUGUCUUUAAUUAUUAUGUCUUCUCUUUUAUUUCAUUAUUUUCAUGCUUUUUAGGUAUUUAUGUCUUCGAAAUUAUUCAGUGAAAUGCUUCUUGUCCGGGACCAAGCCAUAGUUUUUUAUCCCAACACCACAUUUCUAUUACUCAUUUUCCAAUUGAAGUGUCUAUUAUAUGCAUAUACUCCCUCUGUUUUUUAAAGAUGGAUGUUCUAGAAAAAUAUUUUGUUUCCAAAAGAUGUAUUUUUUAUGUUUUCAAAGCAUAUUUUGUCAACUAAUAAUGAAAAAUUGUGUGUUUCAAAAAUAUUAAUUACAUUUCUUUUAAUCCUAUUGGUUUAAAAAUAUAAGAAAUAUAAAGUUACAAAAAACUAUGCAUUAAUAACUAAGUUUUAAUAUGGUUUCUUAAUAAGUGUGAAAAUCCUAAAACAUUCAUCUUUAAAAAACAGAGGGAGUAUCAAUUAAGCCAACAUGUAUUAACUAGUUUAUUUAAUUUAUUACUAAUUAAAAAAAUCAAUUCAUGAGCAUGUAUUUACAUGUAAUAAUGACAAUAAUCUACUCCCUCCGUUCCUAAAAGAUGUAUGUUCUGGAAAAAAAAAUUGUUUCAAAAA